GCCUAGGACUAGGAGCUUGUAGAGGCAAAGCUGCAGCCAUGAAGGUUUGGAUUGUGCUGCUGGGGGCAACCCUGCUGACAGGCUGCCAGGCCAACCUAAUUGUCCAGGAUGAACCCAAGACUAAGUGGGAAGAGGCCGUGACCGUCUUCUGGAACUACCUUUCCAAGGUGGGACACGCCGCAGAGAAUGUGACCACCCAGAUCAAGAGCUCCCAGCUCAGCAAGGAACUGGACGGGCUGAUCACCGACACCAUGGCUGAAGUGGAGGUGUACAGAGAACAGCUGCGGGCCCAGUUCGGCCCCUAUGCCCAGGAGGCUCAGCAGCGCCUGGGCAGCGAGGUGGCGGCGCUGACGGGGAAGCUGCGGGCUGACAUGGAGGAGGCCAAGGGCCGGUUGGUGCAGUACACGGGUGACGUGCGCUUGAUGUUCGACCAGAACCUGGAGGAGGUGCGGGCCCGAGUUGGCAUGUACCUGCGCAAGCUGCGCAAGCGCCUGGGCAAAGACGCUGAGGAGCUGCGCCGCAAGAUGGCCGCCUAUGCCGGCGAGGUGCAGGCCCACACUGACCAUCGGGUGGAUGCCGUGCGCCAGGGCCUGCAGCCUCUAAUCGACAGCAUCCGUGACAAGGGACAGCAGCAUCUGGAAGCCCUGAGCCAGGCCAUGGGUGAGCAGAGCCAGAAGGUGCGCGAUAGCCUGGGCACCCGGGCCCAGGAGCUGCAUGGGCACCUGCAGGAGAAGGCUGAGGAGGUGCGGAGCUCCCUAGACCAGGCUGCUGAGCAAGUCCGCCAGUGGUUUGCACCCUUCCUACAGGACGUCCGUGCCCAGUUACAGACCGUGGUGGAGAAGCUGCAAGGGAAACUCCAGCUGUAACAGCCCCGGCUAACACCACACUGUGGCCCCCCGACAGCCCAGAGCCCUGGCAAUCCAGGGGCGUGCAUUCCCAGGCCCCCACAGUACAGCCAUGCCCACUGACACCAAGCUAGCCACGGAGGUCUGUGACUCCCGCAGCUAACAGGCAUGAGUCACUUCACUUGCUAAGCCCGCUCCAGACCUCCCGCAGGGGCCCAGUUCUUCCUUGCCCCAUGCAUGAACCCCAGUGAAUAGCCAUUGCCACUCCGACCCUGUACUCACACUUGGGACUGGUGGGACAACCAUCGAUCUGGUUCUGAGCUGCUUUUAUGCAUGCCCUGGAGAAAUGAGAGGGGAUAACCUCUGCCCAUCCCAUUCUCCCCUCUCUAACCACAGUUGAACGUGAUGCCCCUAUCCCAUCCCUGCUGUUAGAUCUCCUGUGUUCACCAGUGCUUCCACCUGCAACUAAAUAAAUUCCUGCUUUGGGCACAAGGUA